CCAGUCCGGAUCAUUACAUUAUCUGUAGACGCAAUGACUCUCCCAGCCUGCAAGGGGGCGCUCUGGUCCACAGUGUCUGGAAUGGACCGCCUCUUCCACUCAGGGCAGACUCUCCGGCUGUUUUCUCCGGUCAGUUCACUCCGGGUGUUCGAAGUUGUUGCCCGAACAUGUCGACGGGACCUGGGCCUGCAGACGGACCCUCUGUGGAGGACCAGAGGAGCCGGAGCCCGGCGCAGACCUUCCAUGGAGAGCAGCACUCAGUCCGGGUGGGUCCCAGUCGGUUCCGAGCACGCCCUCCAGUCGACGCCGGACUGCACCAUUUCCGUGAGCCGGCGGUCCAAGCUCCUCAGGUGGACGACUGCGAGAAGAUGGGGACUCUGUUUGGAAUGAUCAACAAGUGUUUGCGGCGUGUGGGCUUCACCCAGGUGUACUUUGGAGACAGAACAGUGGAGCCGGUGGUGGUGCUGGUCUUCUGGGUGCUGCUCUGGUUCCUGGGUUUCCAGGCUUUGGGAUUAGUGGGAACUCUGUGCAUCAUCAUCAUCUACAUCCAGAAGUGAUUCUGAGAGCGAUGCUGCUGGGUCCUUUGGUACAGAUGGGUUUCAUGCUGAUGGUGGUUUGUAAUCAGCAGGAGGUCAGAUGUUUGUGAAGCAUCUGUGACAUAUCACAUGGAGGUUUCGAGUUAUUUAAGUUGCAAAUGAAUCUUCGUCUGGGAAUAUUUGGGGUUCCCCGGACAACCGUAUGUGAAACUGCAGUUUCUGCUUUAAUUAUGAAGUUAACAGGAGCUCUGAUCAUAAACAGCCAAAGAACAUAAUUUCCUUAUCUGGCAGCUCCUCCAAACCAUCCUGAUGAUUUCCUGCCUCUUCUUUAAUGACUAAACGUGCCAGUCUGAUUAUCUGUUUUGGUCAUAGAAGCAGAUUCUUGUAAAAUGUUUGCCUUCAGCUUCAGCUCCUAGUCAGUUUCUGACUCCAUCACCAAAGUUAGCGUAGCUCUGCAGGAUUGCAGUGAUUAGUCAGAUGGACGCAGGGAAUAUUCAGUCCAGUUGGUGUUCAGGCUCAGUCGGUGUGCUCAUUAUCCUGUUCAUCAGCAGCAGAACCACAACUUCAGCGUUCUCCCAAAACUCCUGAGAUGUGAUCACCAUUGAGGUGAAACACGUCAGAUUUAAGUGGCUUUGAGUGUGUUUUUACAGUUUCAGAAGAAACUGCAAGUAGUUAAAACUGAGUUGUCUCAGAACAUAUCCUCAUACCAUCUGUAAGUUUUACUCAUGUUGAAGCUGAGUAAUCUGAGGUUUUCUGUUGAAUGUCUUUGAAAUAAACUGAUUCAACAUCAAACUUUAGGAAAAA